GGGAGGGGCAGGCGCCGAGGUUGGGGUGGAAAAGAGGGUGCUGGUGGGUCCAGGAGCAAGGAAGACCAUAGCUGGGGAGUGUCCGCGAAAUGCACAAAAGAGGCAGAAACGCUCCUACACGACCCUCUCCUGCAAAAGGCAGGGGGGGAGAGAGAGGGGCGCUGCUCCUCAAUUGCCUGCUGACUCCGCCGGAAAAGCAGGGGAGUUCAGCAGCCUGGGAGGGUCCGCUUUCCUCUUUACGCGGUGAACUUCGAGGUUGCGUGUCUUCCUUUAGCAAGAAAUUUUAUGAAUAAGCAUCAGAAGCCGGUGCUAACAGGCCAACGGUUCAAAACUAGGAAGAGGGAUGAAAAAGAGAAAUUUGAACCGACCGUCUUCCGGGAUACAAUUGUCCAAGGUCUCAAUGAAGCUGGUGAUGACCUGGAAGCUGUAGCCAAGUUUCUGGAUACUACAGGCUCAAGGCUAGAUUAUCGCCGCUAUGCUGACACUCUGUUUGACAUCUUGAUAGCUGGCAGCAUGCUAGCUCCUGGAGGGACAAGAAUCGAUGACAAUGACAAGACCAAGAUGACCAAUCACUGUGUGUUUUCCGCAGACGAAGACCAUGAUGCCCUCCGACAUUAUGCUCAGGUCUUCAACAAACUCAUCAGGAGAUAUAAAUAUUUGGAAAAGGCAUUUGAAGAUGAAAUUAAAAAGCUCCUGUUGUUCCUUAAAGCCUUUUCUGAAACAGAGCAGACAAAGCUGGCAAUGCUCACUGGAAUCUUGCUAGCCAACGGGACACUUCCUGCGACCAUUUUAACAAGCCUUUUCACUGACAACAUUGUCAAAGAAGGUAUUGCAGCUUCUUUCGCUGUCAAAUUGUUUAAAGCAUGGAUGCUCGAGAAGGAUGCCAAUUCAGUCACCUCCGCUUUAAGAAAAGCUAACUUAGACAAGAGGUUGCUAGAACUGUUUCCAGCCAACCGGCAGAAUGUGGAACAUUUUGCCAAGUAUUUCACUGAUGCUGGUCUAAAGGAGUUGUCCGAUUUCCUCCGGGUCCAGCAGUCGCUGGGGACUCGGAAAGAACUACAGAAAGAGCUUCAGGAGCGCCUUUCUCAGGAAUGCCCAAUUAAAGAGAUGGUGCUUUAUGUAAAAGAAGAAAUGAAGAGGAACGACCUGUCAGAACCGGCUGUGAUUGGACUCCUGUGGACCUGCAUAAUGAAUGCUGUUGAAUGGAACAAGAAAGAAGAGCUGGUCGCGGAGCAAGCACUGAAACAUCUGAAGCAAUAUGCACCUUUACUGGCUGUAUUCAGCACCCAAGGCCAAUCAGAGCUGAUCCUUCUCCAGAAGGUUCAGGAGUACUGUUAUGAUAACAUCCACUUUAUGAAAGCCUUUCAGAAGAUUGUGGUGCUCUUUUAUAAAGCUGAUGUCCUAAGUGAAGAAGCCAUCCUGAAGUGGUAUAAAGAGGCACAUGUUGCCAAAGGCAAAAGUGUCUUCCUUGACCAGAUGAAGAAGUUUGUUGAGUGGCUACAUAAUGCUGAAGAAGAAUCCGAAUCUGAAGGGGAAGAAAACCAAGAUGGCUGAACAAAGCACAAAACGUAUUCGCUGUGGCUGGCUGCUUCUUGCGGAAUUUUGUACCGUUCAAAGAGAAAGACUCUUACUCCAGUGUCAUACUGAAAAAUCUAGGCUAGGCUUUCCUUUUGUUUAGAAGAAUAAAAUGUUGGAGCCCUGAGACAUUAAACGCUGAGACUCUUCCUCUGGCGCACUGUACACUAUUGUAGGCCGAGGCAUUCAGCAAGGAAACAACAUAUAGGAAAACUGAAGUAAUAUCCUUUAAGGACUCCUUUUUUAUUAACAGUAUUCAGGUACUACAUAUGAACACUUCAGUGUUUCUCCAUAGGGAUGUUCUGUGCGUGUAGCUCAAUAUUUGCUUGUGUGUGAUUUGACAUAAUCACAUUUUGGGGAAAUUAAAUGGCUUUUAAAAAUCUUACUUUCAUGUUUCUGCACAUUUUUCUUUUGCUUCAGAAGUGGGCUUGCAUGGGACUAACUACUGCCUACCUUCUGCAGAAGGAUUUAAUAGUAAUUUUGCUAUUUGCACCCUGCCCAUCUGACUCAGUUGCCCCAGCCUCUCUGGGCAGAUGUUUUAGAAGGUCCAGUCUACACUUUACCUCAGCCUUUGCCAGCCUUGUGCUCUCCGGGUAUUUUGGGCUACCACUCCCAUCAGCCCUAGCAAGGCUGAGGAUGAUGGGAGUUGUAGUCCAAAGUAUCUGUAGGAAACCAGAUAGGGCAAAGGCUGCUCCACCUGGUGAAUGUGGCAAGCUUCUUCCUUGGUGUGACUCUCUCUGCAUCAUCGUUUUUAUACCUGUGACAGACUGCUCCAGGAACACGUGGUGUUGGGUUCGAAACUCUUUGGGUCCUUGCAGGGUUUCCAUGAAAAAUGUGUGGCGGUUAUCUAUUCCAGGAGAGAUGAGAACCCUGUGGCCUUCCAAAUGUUUCUGGACUACAGCCCUCAUAAUCUGUAUCCAUUAGCCAUGUUGGUUGGGGCUGAUGGAACUCAGAUCCCCUAGUCCUGUGUUACAGCAAAGGGAAAAACAACUUUCCACAUGGAAAUGUUUAUAGCAUGUUUACCAACCCUAAAACACCUAUAUUAGAGUUGAGUUUGGGUUGCCUUGUUUUUAAAUAAGAAAUGUCAACUUUGUGAAUUCCCUGCCCUCUCUCAUACAAGUCGUCCACUGCUGUUUUUCAUUCUAUUAUAUAUAGCUUAAAACCCAUUUCUAUGAAUCUGAACCUGCAAUUGGUUAUAAUAGAUUAAAACAACUUUUAAGAGACUUCUGUAUAUGUUAAAUAAAUAAACAAAUUUUAAAACCCUGACUGAUUAAUUGGCAGGAUUUUUUUUUAAAAAAAAUGACAAUGUUUUUAAUACAAGGACUUAUAAAUUGGUAACAAGCAUCAUCUCAAGAGGCAAUUCGCUUUUCACAAGAGAGGGCUGGGGAAAGCCUUUUGCUAAGACAAUGCUUGCUACAACA